AUGCUUCAGACCACUGCCCUUUUGGGCGGCCUUGUAGCCGUCGCCCAGGCUGCUGCUGUGCAGGCCGUUCCUGCAGCCGCCCUCUUCUCCCGCGGAACGUCACCGAUCAACUGCGGUACCUAUCCCAACAAAGGCCCCAGCGACCAUACUCGCUAUGUGACGCCAUCAGGCAAAACCUACGAGAUCGACUGUUUCGCCGAGAAGGGCUCCUGGAGCUGGCAGUACCCAAGCGGCCCGUGGCCCACCAUUGAGUCAUGCAUCGAUGCCUGUGCAGCCGGGCAGGCAGUCCCAGGAUGUACCUACGUGGCCUGGAGCAUCUCUGGCUCAUACUGCGCCAUGACAACCACCCCCAUCCAGGAAGCCCAGCACUACUAUACCCCCUAUGGCGUGAUCAGCGCGGAGUUUGUCAAGAUGCUCAACUGCAAGGACGGGUCGAGCAACGGCACAGUCUUCACACCGCCUGGAUCCAGCCAGAAGUACCAGAUCCUGUGCAACUACCAGUAUGGCGGCGAGACCUUGGGCGCGUCGAAGCGCGCCGAGACGUUUGAGCAGUGCGUCGGGUUCUGCGACACCACCGCCGGGUGCGUGGACGUCGUGUACAGCGAUGCCAAGUACUGCUGGCUCAAGAAGACAAAGACAAACGGCUACAGCAGCGGAGGCUGGUGGAGCGCCAUCAAAGUGCCCAGCGACUUCGUCCCUUCUCCCAGCCCUGGCUCUUCUCCUGGCGUCGGCCCCGCCAACACCGACCCUAUUGGCGCCAUCAACUGCUUUGACAACUCUGCCGAUGGCACUACCUUCAAUGCUCCCUCGGGUAACUCGUACAAGAUCGCCUGCAACUACCAGUACGACGGCGACACGAUUGGUAGCAAGUACACCGCCACUCUUGAGUUGUGCGCCGACCUUUGCGAUACUACCGCGGGUUGUGUCGACGCUAUCUGGAGCAAGGCAAAGUACUGCUGGCUCAAGUCGUCCAUCAGGGGCAACGGGUACAAGUCCGGCGGCUGGUACAGCGCUAUCAAGAAGUAG